UUCGUUGUUAUUGCCGGAAAUUAUAAGAUGAUGCGCUAGCGUUUGUUAUUCAUGUUGAUCGCAACAAUGAUUUAGCGGCCAGGAUCACAACGCCAACCCGUGUCCUGAGUGGUCCGACAGGUUUUGCCAGGUGAUGUCAUCUACAGGUCCAGUGUAGCGAAGGAAAAUCUACACAGCACUUGAAUAGACAAAUAUGAGUUCUACCAGUCCAACAGUUACAGAGUUGACUCCAUUGGCAUGUUUGGAUCCCCAAAAUAAAGGUGUAAGAAUUGCUCUCAUUGUGCUGAACCAGCCCCAGUCACUAGAUGUCCUCGCUGUGCUGUGGACUAAAGCAGCUGUUCUGAAAGCAGUUACAGAUGGAGGGGUGAACAGACUGUAUGACGCCACAAGAAACAACCCAGAAAGUUGGAUUCCAGACCUUAUUACAGGAGAUUUUGACUCUGCAUCAUCUGAGAACUUACAAUACUACAAGGACAAGGGCAGUGAAGUAAUUUGUACACCAGACCAAGAUCACACAGACUUCACAAAGUGUCUUCAACUUGUCGUUCAAAGAAUGCAAGAAAGAAACAUACAGGUGGACUAUAUUGUCUCUGUGGGGGCAUUUGGAGGCAGGAUGGACCAAGUCAUGGCCAACAUCAACACUCUGUAUGAAGCUCGCUCCCUCACAAGUAUUCCUGUCAUUCUACUGGAUGAAGUGUCCAUGGCUUUUUUGUUGUCUCCAGGUAAGACAUUACUGCAUGUGCAGACCGGUGGGGAGGGGGAGUGGUGUGGACUGGUGCCUGUAGGUGGAACAUGCCCACAUGUCACCACAACAGGGCUCAAAUGGAACCUAAAUGAUCAAGCCCUGAAGUUUGGUGAACUCAUCAGCACAUCCAACACAUUUGACCAAUCAGCAGCUGGCCUGGUUACCGUGGAAACCAACGACCCUCUGCUCUGGACAAUGGGGGUGAAUGUCCAGAGGUCAUAGAAGCAACAAAUUAGCACCAUGCAAUACUCUAUAUUUUAUGAAUGUACAAAUGUAAUAUCUUUUAUAAGAAGCAAUGGGACUGAUGAUGAUAUUCUUAGCAAUAUUUUUUCCCUCCCAUGAUCUUACAUCUAAGAUGUCUGGUGCACUAUCUAAAUUCAAAGAAAAAAGGGCACUUUAACAAGGAGUUUCGGAAAAGAGAGACAAGAAAUUAGCUGUCCCAAACUUGGCCGUGCACAAACCAGGACGACCAAAAGUUUCAAAAGAAUAAAGAUUUUCAAAGGUACUAGGCACUACAAUCGUGUUCCCAUUUUGGGGCCUUGGCCAAACAGCAUGC